CCACACGGCGCAGCGUGGAGAUAUGAAGACCGGGCUCGCUGCUCAUGGGAACCAGACCAGCGCAGGAACUUUGACACAUUCUCCCCUUCACAUCUACAAACAUGGCACCAAUCGCGAUCCACGAAAUUGAGCAGAACAUCAACAACGUGGCUGAUCUCAAAGCCAAGGCGCAGGCCAAGGUCAUUGAGUUGCAAGCUCCUUCUCAUAAGCCAGCCGUUGCGGAUGAUUUUAUGUACGAUUUCAAGUACAACCAUGCGCUUCCCACCACCGACGUUCUCGGAAUCGACAUUCCCGAGGACUGCGAUGCGCAGAAAGAAGCUGGUUUGAUCGUCGAUCGCCUCUCGCAGGCCAUGAGCAGUGGCGAUGCCAAUGCGUUCACUGAUCUCUUCCUCGACUACGGUGUAUGGCGCGACAAGCUGGCGUAUACAUGGGACUACCGGACCUUCAACUUCACAUCCGCCAUUGGCAAGGCUGCUACAGACCUUUUCCCACAGACCAAGGCCUCCAACUUCCAGUUUCUGGCUCCAGCUCCUAAGGCCUCCCGACCGUAUCCCGACUUUGCCCAAUUGCAAUUCGUGGUCUCGUUUGAAACGGAACUGGUCCACGCUUCCGCUGUGAUCAAUGCGGUGCUCACGAAGCAAGGAUGGAAAAUUUACACUCUGUACACCGUGGCCGAGCAACUGAAAGGCUUCCCCGAGCGCCAACCUGCAGAUGGCCAUAUGAACGAAUCCACCAGUUGGGAGAAGCAGCGCGCCGCAAAAGUGGAUGCUGCUGAUCCCGAGGUCCUGGUCAUCGGUGGUGGUCAGAACGGUCUUGCUAUCGCUGCACGAUGUAAUGCACUCGACAUGGACGCCCUGAUCAUCGAACGCAGCGCUGGGAUUGGUGACAUCUGGAAGAAGCGCUACGAAUAUCUUUCCCUCCACUUCCCUCACUGGCCCGACGACUUGCCAUACUUCUCUUACCCCAAGCAUUGGCCUACGUACACCCCGGCCCAGAAACAAGGCCUUUACAUGGAAUGGUACGCCUCGGCUCUCGAACUCAACGUCUGGUGCAGUUCUACCAUCGUCAAAGCCGAUCAAGAUGAUGCGGGCAACUGGACGGUAGUCGUCAACAAAGAGGGUCAAGAAACCCGAACCCUACACCCCAAACAAGUCAUCAUGGCGACAUCCCUCUGCGGCGUUCCGUCGAUGCCCGCCAUCCCCGGCAUGUCUGAUUACAAGGCCGGAAUCAUCCGCCACUCCUCCGCCCACGAUAGCUCGAAGAACUUCGUCGGCAAGAAAGUCUGCGUAGUCGGCACCUCGUCCUCAGGCUUUGACACCGCUUUCGACUGCUCCCGCCGCGGCAUCGACGUCACUCUCCUCCAGCGCUCUCCUACAUACAUCAUGUCGCUCACAAACGCCGUGCCUCGUGCUAUUGGCAACUACGCACCCGACGCAGAUGGCAAUCGACCCAACCUUGAAGAGCAAGAUCGCGUCUCGUUCGGGACACCCACCGGACCAGGCGAGGAACUCGGUCGACGGAACGCCAAAGUGUUGUCCGAGCUUGACCAAACCCUACUCGAAGGCCUCAAUGCCCGCGGCCUGCGCACGUGGCUCGGCCAACGCGGCACUGGCGUUGUCACUCUGGGCCAGACUCGCAACGGGGGCUUUUACUUCGACGCCGGUGCUUGCGAACACGUCAUCGACGGCAGGAUCAAAGUAGAAUCAGGCUACAUCGAGCGCUUCACGGCGGACAAAGCCAUUCUCAACGACGGCCGAGAGCGACAAUUCGACCUGAUCGUCUUCGCCACGGGCUACUCCAACACCAUCGACUCCGUGCGAGCCACUCUCGGCGACAGCGUUGCGGAUCGAUGUGGGCCUAUCUGGGGCAUUGACGAGGAAGGCGAGAUCAAGACGGUGUACCGAGAGACGGACGUGCCGAACUUUUGGCUGAUGGCUGGUUUCCUGCCGAUGACGCGGUAUCAUUCGAAGUUGCUGGCCUUGAGGCUGAAGGCGCUGAAGGAGGGUGUGUCGCUUGCUCCGUAUAAAGCGUAGAGGCUUAAAGUGUGAUAUUCCAUAGAUGGCGUAUGUUGAGAUCUUCUCCUGGAUCCUUGUACGAGCGGAACCAAGCUCUCAACUCACCGCGAUUUUCUCAAUGCAGACACUAGA